AUGGGCUUCGCCGAAAAGGAUGAGGACGACACAAAACCGGUGUACCAAAACCCGACCGAGGAGAAGGAAGAGGGUGGCACGGGCCUCAAGCAGAAUUUAACCCUAUUUAAUGGCGUAAUGAUCAUUGUUGGGUGCAUUAUUGGAUCUGGGAUUUUUGUCUCGCCGAAGGGUGUUCAUGAGCACGCCGGCUCCGUCGGGCUAUCAAUUGUAAUCUGGAUAGUAUGUGGAGUCUUCUCGGCAAUAGGCGCAUAUUGUUACGCCGAGCUGGGCACAUUUAUACGGGAAAGUGGCGGCGAUUAUGCCUAUGUUUACGCCGCUUUCGGCCCGAUGAUGGGCUUCUUGAGGAUGUGGAUCGAAUGUAUUAUUGUGAGACCUUGCACAAUCACCUGCGUGGCCAUUACAUUUGCCACCUACAUUCUAAAACCCAUAUUUCCGCAUUGCGAACCGCCAUUCCCCACUUUACAGCUACUGGCGGCCCUUUGCAUCCUAUUAUUGGCAUUUAUUAACUGUGCUUCCGUUAAAUGGACAAAACGAGUGCAGGAUGUUUUCACCCUGGCUAAACUUUUUGCAUUGGUUCUGAUCAUCUUCACCGGAUUUGUGUUGCUGCUGCUUGGAAAUCAAUACCGCGAUUCAUUCGAAAACGCCUUCGAGGGCUCACGUUAUGGUCUCGGCAGUCUGGCGUUGGCCUUCUAUUCCGGGCUAUGGGCUUAUAAUGGAUGGAAUUACCUCAAUUUUGUGACCGAGGAGCUGAUCGAUCCGACUAGGAACCUGCCACGCGCCAUCGCCAUCUCGUGCACUCUUUGUACGGUUAUUUACACCCUGACGAAUCUCGCAUUUUAUGCAGGAACCUCUGCGGACGACCUGCUCGAUUCCCCUGCCGUUGCCGUCCUAUUCGCCAACCGUUUCUUCUGGUAUUUCGCGCCCUUAAUGCCAAUCUUCGUCGCCCUAUCUUGCUUUGGAACUGUUAAUGGGGUUAUGCUAACGAGCAGCAGGCUCUUCUACGUUGCUGGGCGACGCGAGCAUAUGCCGACCUUCCUGAGCUUCAUCAAUCCCUAUUUACAGACCCCGAUCCCGGCCGUGUUAUUUACAGCAAUUCUAUCACUACUUUAUAUUCUUCUCUCCGACAACAUCUAUGUAUUGAUCAGCUACGUGCAAAUUGUGAACUGGCUCGCGAUCGGGGUGGCGACUGCUGGACUUUUGUGGCUACGAGUGAAGAAGCCGCCUCGUGACUACCCGCGGCCGCUACAGGUCCACAUCGCGUGGCCGAUUAUAUUCCUGAUUGGCUGCAUAUUCUUGGUGAUCUUCCCAAUCUAUCAAACCCCAAUGGAUACAGCAAUUGGUCUCUUAAUUAUGCUAACUGGGGUACCUGCCUAUUACCUCGGCGUGGUGUGCAAGGGAAAAUUCAAAGCGCUGGACAAUUUCAUGGAUUACUGCACGGAGACGUGCCAAAAGACGUUCCUCGUCAUCCCCACCGAGAAGAACGAC